AUGGACAGCUCACAUCUCCGUGUAAAGCCUAGCAGACAAGAGCUGUCUUCUCAAGAAUCCUCCCUCGUCGACUACAGCUUCCAAGGAAUUAUACAGCAACAUGCUCACGAGAUGGAGAUCGCAUUUCAACGCAUUAUCAACGCUAUACUGAAGCACAGUAAGCUAGAUAUCACUUUAAUUCGAAUUAGCAAUGCGACAGAAGAUUCUUUCCGCGUAUCCCUCGCAGCCCGCGCUUCAAACACCGGGCCCAUACGAGCCACACUCUCACCCAUGACGAUCGAGCUCUGUGGCCCUUCCGGCAGCUUCGGCACCAUGACUCUCCCCGAGCUCGAGACAGCUCCCGGCGGUAUCCCCAUCGAGGUAGCCAAGCAGCUAGUGACGAUCACGGACAAGCAAGCACUCCAGGCCUUCAUCGCCCUCGUCAUCAAAGGCCCCAACGCCGUGCUCUCUCUCAAGAACGGCAGCGCCACCAUCUCCGCCGCAACUCUUGGCGUAGGCCCCAAGCCCAUCCGAUACGAGCGGGAGAUCCCGAUGCCGGGCAUGGACGGCCCGGCCGUCAGCGUGAAGAGCGCCAGCAGCGUGCGCACAGCCACCUCGGCCAAACUCACCGUCGUGCUCCACGUCAAGAACCCGAGCCCGGUUGAGCUCAGCUUCGGCCGGUGCUAUUUCGACAUCCGCGACCAGGACGACAACACCUUCGCCACCCUCGGAGGAAACCUGGACAUUCGGUGCGAGUCUUUCGAAGCCUCUUUCCACGGGCCCGUGACCUGGGUCGGCGAGCUCGAAGAGGGCAAAACGCGGCUCGUGGGUUUGGGAUGCGUGGGUGCCGGGUGGUGCGAUGAGACGAUCAGGGCCAUCGAUGUGCCGAUCAUGGGUAUAUGGAAGAUCCGCAAGGCGCUGGGGAUGAAGUAUGUGGACCCCUUUGAAGAAUCCCCGGAGGUAUUUCGCUGGCGCGGAAAGUUCUGGAAGAAAGGUACCUGGAUCUAG